AUGCAUUCCCUAAUUCCAUUUCAAGACCUUAAUCUCAUUCCCACCGCUUCCUCUUCCGCUUCCUCUUCCUAUGGCGAUAGUAGUAGCCACAUAGCUCCAACCCAGAGCCCCCUCACUGUACCCAAAUUAGAACCUAAUGAUGAAUCACUUCCUCAAACCCAUUUGCAGCUCCAUUUUCCUCAGGGCCCUAGCCCUAAUUUGACGUUACAUUAUCCGCCUCAGGUUUCUCCUCCAGCUUUGGGGCAGAUUCCGGAGAAUACCUCCAGUACUGAUGAAAGAGUCGUUUACUCCGAUGUCCAUAGAUUAUCAGAGUUUUUCAGGCCGGCAGUCGCGGAGGAAGUGCAGUACAACGGAGAUGUUGGCGGUGUAAAUGCUGAAUCCGGUACCAUCGUGCCGGUGCCGGUGCCGGAGGUAAAUCGUUUACCAAUUGCUUUCCCCCAGCAGCGGCUGCGGGGCCGGGGUGUGGAGAGAAGGUCUUCGGAACUAGUUCGGUUCAAUGCUUUAGGAAUUGAGGAAGAGAGAUACUAUCGUGGUGUCGUGAAGAAGACCAGAAUGGUGUAUAGUUCUUUGCGGAUUUUGGCAUGUAAAGAUGCAGAUAACCGGAAGCGUAAUCGUAGUGAUCUGAAGGCGGGGACUUUCAUGAUGAAUAGUGGGUUAGGGCUGAAUCGUGACAAAAUAAUUGUGGGCUCCAUUCCCGGUGUUAUGGUCGGUGACAUGUUCUUCAGGAUGGAAUUAUGUGUUGUGGGUUUGCAUGGCCAAACCCAGACGGGAAUUAACUAUCUCCCAACGAGCAUCAUUUCAAGUGGUGAACCAGUUACCACCAGUAUCAUUGUCUCUGGAGGAUAUGAAGACGAUGAAGAUUAUGGUGAAGUCCUCAUUUACACAGGCCUAGGUGGGCGAGACAGGGGGCAGAGUGGUACCCAGGAAAUUCGAGAUGAAAAUCUUGGUCUCGAAACAAGUAAGAAAUACGAAAUUGAUAUCAGGGUAAUUCGGGGGUAUGAGUCUAGUGAAAGUCCAAACGGUAAAAUUUAUAUUUAUGAUGGUCUGUAUAGAAUCGUUGAUGCAUGGCGUGAUAAGAGUAAAUCAUCAGGUUCUCUCGUGAUCAAGUACAAGCUUCUUAGAUUAAUAGAUCAACCUGAAAUGGGUACUGCCAUUAUGAAGAUUUCCCAGUAUUAUAGAAAUGGUCCUUUGUAUGCCAGACCUUUUGGAUAUCUCGGUCUAGAUAUUUCUGGUGGGAAGGAAAAAGUGCCCGUUCUUAUAUAUAACAAUAUAGACGGUGAUAUUGGACCAACUUUCUAUCCCUACAUCACUAGUUCUAUAUUUCCUCGUACUGCUAGUUUUGCAGCUGGCUGUGAUUGUGUUCGUGGCUGUAAUGAUAAUUGUGUCUGUGCUAUGAGAAAUGGAGGUGAUUUUGCGUACGAUAAUCAGGGACAUCUGGUGAGAGGAAAGCCGGUAGUAGUUGAAUGCGGUCCUGGUUGUCGCUGUCCUCCAAGUUGCAGAAAUCGCUUAUCUCAAAAAGGAUUGAGAUACAUGUUUGAAGUUUUCAGGUCUAAUGAAACGGGUUGGGGUGUUAGGUCACUGGAUCUGAUUCAAGCCGGGUCUUUUAUAUGUGAAUAUGCUGGAAUCGUUCUCACAAAGGAGCAAGCACAAACAUUCUCAAUGAAUGGAGGAGGAAAUAAUUUGAUACAUCCAAAUCGAUUCGGCAAGAGAUGGAUGGAAUGGGGCAAUUUGUCGGGUAUUAUCCCUGAUUAUGUCCACCCAGAACAUCCAUCCACACCGUCAUUGGAUUUUGCUCUUGAUGUUUCAAGAUCCAGAAAUCUGGCUUGUUAUAUCAGCCGCAAUCCUAAUCCUAAUAUAAUGGUACAGUUUGUGCUACGUGGUCAGAAUAACUUAUUAAUUCCAAGUCUUAUGUUAUUUGCACUGGAGACCAUCCCUCCAUUGCAACAGCCGACUCUUGAUUAUGAUUUGGCUCAGACUAACUCUUGA